AUGAUAGACUCCACGGUGCUUUCCGACUUUUCUCUAGUGACGUUAUGUUUUCGUGAAAUCAUAAAGUCCACGGUCUUCUUAUCAAAUUCAUCUUCCAUCAGGGCGACAUUGGGGACGAGUUGGUCGUGUAGCCGAGGAGCCUUUAGGGCCUGGCGAACGUUCAUUUUUCUGUCCAUGACGUUGAUGACACUUUGGAGCGUGCCGGUGAUAAUUUGGGAGCCUCCUGCUGCACCGCUGACGAAGUAUAGGGAACCAUCUGGGCGGGUGAUGAUGGUAGGACAGAUGGAAGAGAGUGGCCGCUUGCCGGGACGAAUGAAGUUCGAUGGCGAGGGCUUGUAUCCGAAGGAGUUGCUGUGUCCAGGGACAGAGAAGUCAUCCAUCUCGUUGUUCAUGAUGAUGCCGGUCUCGGGGACAAUGACACGGCUACCGAAGUAA